AUGAUGGAACGGUCACUAGCAUGUUUGUUAAAUGAAUUGGGUUUUGAAAAUAUUGAAAAAUCAGCAUUUCAUCAGCUACUCGAUGUUGCGUAUAAAUUAUUACGUCAAUUAAUAAUGAACAUUAAAACAAUGAUGGAACUUCAAUCUCGUACAGAACCAUGUCCGUCUGAUGUUUCUAUGGCAAUAACGUUAAUGAACGUAACUGUGAACUCAUUAAGACAAACAUUACAAAAUCCUAUCAAACAUCGUCCAAAAUCUCCAGAAAAAGUUAGUGAACCUCCACAAACAAAAUUAUUUCGUGUUAAUCAUAGUGAGAUGUCAACAUUAUCAACAACAAAAUAUCGUCCAUCACAUGUACCCGAUUAUUUACCUGAUUAUCCUGAUCCACAUACAUUUAUGGCUAGUGAAACAUUUGCUGAUUUAAGAAAAGAUUAUACACGUGCCAGACAAACAUUAGCUGAACAACGUCGCGCAUUACAACGUUCUCUAGUAAAGUUUAAAACACAAACAAGUGAAACAAUACCAUUAAUCAAGAAUGAGAAUGAGUCAUUUCUGUUAAUUAGAAGUAAACCUUGUCCAUUACCCUAUUUAUAUGCGUUAAUGCCACAUGAUCUAUUAGAAACAAGUGAUUUGAUAGUGAAUAAUGAACAAUUAACACAACAACAGCAGAGAAAACUAUCAAUAUCAGAGGCACCUCCAAGGACACAUCGUUUAGAAUCUAAUUAA